UAUAUAUAUAUCUGGAACGUAAAACUUUGGGCCGCUCCACUCAUUGCCCUCUUCAACAUGGAGGAGCCAACCAUUGCCAAGUCUGAUUCAAGUGAUGCUGCGAUGGCUCCUGAUUAUGCCGAGAUCAUCGUAGUGCGUCAUGGAGAAACAGCGUGGAAUGUUGAUGGAAGAAUUCAGGGACACCUCGAUGUUGAAUUGAAUGAAGUUGGGAGACAGCAAGCAGUUAAAGUGGCUGAUAGACUCUCUAAGGAGACCACAAUUUCUGCCGUGUACUCGUCUGAUUUGAAGCGUGCUCAUGAGACUGCUUGUAUCAUAGCAAGUAAAUGUGGUGUUCCUGAGGUUGUUCAAGAUCCAGACCUGAGGGAAAGACAUCUUGGAGAUCUUCAAGGUUUUGUAUUGAAAGAAGCAGCUGAGAUUAAGCCAAAUGCUUUUGAAGCAUGUAUAUCUUUCAGGACAGAUCAAGAAAUACCAGGUGGUGGAGAAAGUCUUGAUCAACUAUAUCAACGCGGCACGUCUUCGUUGCAGAGGAUUGGUAUGAAGCAUAUAGGGGAGCGGGUGGUAGUGGUUACUCAUGGUGGAGUCUUGCGAGCACUUCACAAGCGAGCUGCUCCAACAGAGAAAUUGCAGGGGAAGGUGCUGAAUGCAUCUGUGAACAUAUUUCACCUAUCUGGCGAGGAGUGGAUCGUAAAAAUAUGGGGUGACAUUAACCAUCUUAUCAAUACUGCAUAUCUCGAGACGGCCUUUGGAGGUGACGGUACUUCUGGUUAGUGAUUCCUGAAUGGCAUUAGCGGUCUACAAUUGUUUGAUACAUAUCGGCAUUGCUUACUGACCCCUGCACCAGCUAUUUUUUCAAGUGUAGUGACUUGAUGGUUGUUUAAAUAUAACCACAAGCAGUUGUAUAACAUCACUACUUUACAUUUUAACAAUGCACUGAACUUCAAGACUUCAAAAUGGUGAGCGGAAUCUUUUUGUAUGUUUGUACUCAGCUUCACACUCCAUAGGUGGAUUAAUCUGCCAUAGCUUUUUUGUUGCAUAUUGAUUUUUUUCAAAUCAAUUUUGUGAUUGUUUUUUAAAAUCAUUUUUGCGAUCCCAUCGUGCCAUGAAGCCAAGGCCGGAGGGAGGGGUGGGCGAAGGUGGGCUUCAGCCCACCCCAAAAUUUUUUUUUUUUUUUU